AGUGCAUGUACAGACACGAAAUACUGCGAAAAAUAUGUGUACGGGGUAGGGCGAAAAGAAAUGUACGGAUAGACCCAAUGCGCAUGUUUGCUGUUUUAUAAAACCCAAUCAGAGGCUUGCAUUUGUCACCACGCACCUGAACAUCAACUGGUAGUUGGAAAUUUGUCGGCGUCCAGCUACUUAUUAGGAAAACAGACGCCCAGGGAAGUGGACUCAAAUUCAUCAUGGGUUUUUCUGAUUCAUCCGCUUUGUUAAAGAUAGCCCUCAUCCUUCUUCCUCUGGCCUUGAUAUUGCAUAUCGUCGGAAUAGCGACACCAAACUGGAGUUCUUACAGUGCUUCAUCCGGGGCAGUAAGCACCAGUUUGUCAUAUGGACUCUGGAAAUUGUGUGUUGAAGUGAAUGGAGUCAGUGAAUGUGCUAACUACCCCAAUGUUCAGGAUUGGGUGAAAGCCUGUCAGGCGUUUGGUAUCAUCGGUGUGUUAGCUGUUGCUGGCGCAGCCAUAUUGGAAGUGUUGUGCACGAUAGUAUUGUCUAAGGCUACACACAAGGUCGCUUUCAUCGCCGCCGCCAUAACAGCCUUUGUUGGAGCUGCGAGUAUCAUCCUAUCCGCCAUUAUUUGGAGCGCAAAGGUCACCGAGUUCGGAAACACCGAGCUGGACCUGAGCUGGUCAUUCGGUUUGUCCAUCACCGGUGGAGUUUUGGCUGGAAUAGGUGGGAUUUUAGUAGCACUUGACCUGUGCCAGAACACGGAUCAAUAACUCUGACCCGGAUUACAGUCCCAACACCAUUCACGCUUUGGAGAACAAAUACCUAUAGGAACGUUUCCUUUGUUUUAUUUUACAACGCACACUUCUGAUUAUACUAGGAUUAAUAGUUUAAAUAUUGCAUUCUCUUUCGAAAUUAUUCAAUGUACUUCAUUAUGGGGUAUGUCGUUAGAAUAAUUCGUGCAUUUGACAUUGUGUGUCGUGGACAUUACAGUUGUGUAAUUACCCAAUGCUAUUUACUAAGAUCUGGAACAUGCUCGAUAACAGUUGUGUUAUUACCCAAUGCUAUUUACUAAGAUCUGGAGCAUGCUCGAUAACAGUUGUGUUAUUACCCAAUGUUAUUUACUAAGAUCUGGAGCAUGCUCGAUAACAGUUGUGUUAUAACCGAAUGCUAUUUACUAAGAUCUGGAGCAUGCUCGAUAACAGUUGCUUCUGAAUAACUAUUGCUUUUAAAUAUCAUAUUGUAUUUUUUUCUACAAUUCAUAAACUAUAUAUCAAAUCUUUUUUUUACGAGUUGAUAAAGACAGAACUUUAUUCACAAAACGAACCAUUAUCCGAAAUAACCAAUGAAUGUAACAAAACGGGGUGCACAAUUGAAAAUGAAAAUUAUGAUAUAUUUUUUAUGACAUUAUGAUUGUUUAUAAAUAAUAUUAAAUGUUUUAGAUGUAUCUAUGUAUUAAUUUUAAUAUUUGAUACUUUAUUGAUUUAUUUAAACUGUUUACUUUCAUUUCUUCUCCUGAAGUACUGGUUUCAGUAUUAAUAGUGUGAGCUUUAAUCAACAAUAAUGAUGUAAUCAAUUAGCCUUGGUAUGAGCAAACUUUUUUACAAACACUCUAUUAAAUCUAUUAAAAAUUA